AUGUCCCACCGCCAGCGCAACCUCUCCGUCGGCCUCUGUGGCGGCGGGCUAGGCGGCCUCACCGCUGCCAUCGCGCUCGCCCGAGCCGGAGCCCGCGUCACCGUCCUCGAAGCCGCCGAGGAGCUCGGCGAAAUCGGCGCCGGCAUCCAAAUGACACCCAACGUCGCCCGUUUCCUCGUGAGAUGGGGCGUCAGCGACAUCAUCGGCCCGGACCUGGUCCAAUGUGACCGGAUCAACAUGCGCGACAAGGACGGUCAAGUUGUCGCCUUCUCCGACUUCAGACGCAUAGUCAGGGACUACGGGUACCCCUGGUGGGUCGUCCACCGGCACCACUUGCACUCCGGUCUCGCAGAGAGUUGUAGACGGCAUGGUGUGCAACUCGUCAUUGAUGCCCGAGUCGAGAAGAUCGAAUAUGACGACCACCCGACCGACGCCGACACCAACGAGGUCAAAGUGACCACAGCCAAGGGCAAACAAUACAACUUCGACCUCCUCAUCGGCUCGGACGGACUCAAAUCCGUCGUACGCAGGAAGUUGUUCCCCGACGUCAAGCCAGCAGCACUGACCAAGAACGCCGCCUACCGCGCCGUCAUCCCUUACAGCCAAGUGUUCGCCAAAAUUCCCGAAGCACGAGGCGUCCUGGGCAAUGCCAUCGACGUCUGGACUGCGCCGGGGAGCUACUUCAUCUCAUAUCCCAUGUCCGCGGGCCGGGAUUUCAACCUGGUCCUCUCGCACCACACCCGCGACGGCCACGUUGUCGAGGAUGUCGAAGAGGCCGAUAUGGAUGAGCUCCGCUGUUCUUAUGAGCACUACGACCCACUGGUCCAGAAGAUUGUCGCUUUGAUCCCACAGUCGAAGCGCUGGCCCUUGAUGGUCACGGGACCGCUGGAGAGCUGGUCCAACAAGGCCAAGAACGUCGUUCUGAUGGGCGACGCGGCGCACUCGAUGGUCAAUCAUAUGGCGCAAGGCGCGGCCACGAGUAUGGAAGACGGCGCAUUCCUGGGCAAAGUCGUUGCCGAUGUCAUACGAGGGAUCCUCACGCUUCGCGAAGCUGUUGAGAUCUAUGAGCGGACGAGGAUGCCGAGGGCGUGGACGAAGCAGCAGGCUUCUUUUAGUGCUGGGCAACUGUACAUGGCCGCUCCUCCGGACCUCGAGGUCCGGAAUGAAUCUUCCAGGGUUGAGAGAGAAGCAGCGUUCUCUAACGUCACAAAUCCGCCACAUCCACCACCAACGUACCGGUCAUGGGAUCUCUGGGGCUUUCCUGACAGCAUCCCUGGUGUAUAUGCUUACGAUGCAGAAGCGGACGCAGACAAUGCAAUCUGUGAGUAUCUAGCCAAGGCAGGCGAAGUCGAUCCGAAAACGAGGGUGAGUAAGCGUUUGAAGGAGAAAUGGUGGAACUGGGGAGACACGAAUGGCGAAGACGUCUGGACCAAGCAAGUAGCAAAGUCUAAGCUCUGA